AGGCCUGACGGGAGGGGCGGGGCCGCCGUUGCCAGAGAAGCCACUAGCCGGUUACUAGCUGCGCUUUUGUUCCACUUGAGCGGGCACUCUUCCGCGGCAAGCAGGUCUAGGAAUUCGCCUGCUUCCCACCUCGCGUCCCUUGCCUUCUUUCCUAGUCUACCCACUGUAGUGCCCCCUGCGUCCCGCUCCCUCCUAGCCGACUCAGAGCACAAGAGGGAUUACCAGGGUUUCCAUUGCAGCAGCCGUGGCGCCUCUGACCCUUUUUUAAUAUCGCGGCGACGGCGGGCUGACGUCACGACGACGUGCGGACGCAGCGGCGGGGGCCUUUCAGCUUAUGUGGAGAAGUCGCUGUGAAGCCACCUAUAAAUCCAUUUACUGAAUUUAUGGAGAAGGCUGUAAAUGAUGGAAGUCAUUCAGAAGAACUCUUUUGCCAUCUUAAAACUAUAUCAGAGAAAGAAGAUUUACCACGGUGUACCAGUGAAAGUCAUCUCAGCUGCCUGAAGCAGGACAUUCUAAAUGAAAAGACUGAAUUGGAAGCAACACUUAAGGAAGCGGAGUUGGUAACUCAUUCUAUAGAAUUGCUUUUGCCACUAUUUAAGGACACCAUUGAAAAGAUUAAUUUUGAAAAUGCGAAUCUUUCUGCAUCGAAUUUGAAGAUUUCUGAACAGAAGGAAAUAUUAACAAAAGAAUUAGACACCUUCAAAAGUGUAAAACUAGCUUUAGAACAUCUUCUUAGAAAGAGAGACUACAAACAAACAGGAGACAAUUUACCCAGCAUGUUGCUAGAAAAUCUAACUGAUAAUGAAAGUGAAAAUACUAAUCUUAAGAAGAAGGUACUUGAAAAGGAGGCCCAUAUCCAAGAACUUUCUUGUUUGUUUCAGAGUGAAAAGGCAAAUACUUUGAAAGCAAACCGUUUUUCCCAAUCAGUAAAAGUAGUACAUGAACGACUACAGAUCCAAAUUCAUAAAAAGGAAGCCGAGAACGAUAAGUUGAAAGAAUAUGUAAAGAGCUUAGAAACCAAGAUAGCCAAGUGGAACCUGCAAUCAAGAAUGAAUAAGAAUGAGGCUAUAGUGAUGAAAGAAGCAAGUAAGCAAAAAACUGUAGCUUUAAAAAAGGCAUCUAAAGUUUACAAACAAAGGCUUGACCAUUUUACAGGAGCUAUUGAAAAGCUUACUUCCCAAAUUAGAGAUCAGGAAGCCAAGUUGUCUGAAACAAUUUCAGCUUCCAAUGCCUGGAAAAGUCAUUAUGAGAAAAUUGUAAUAGAAAAAACCGAAUUGGAAGUACAGAUUGAAACAAUGAAAAAGCAAAUCAUUAAUCUUUUGGAAGAUCUGAAGAAAAUGGAAGACCAUGGAAAAAAUUCAUGUGAAGAAAUUCUUAGAAAAGUUCACUCAAUUGAAUAUGAAAAUGAAACUCUGAAUCUUGAGAAUACAAAAUUAAAGCUUAGAUUCCCAUGUAGAAUUACUGAGUCAAAGAAUAUGAACAUUUUGAUUGUUCUUGAUAUGCUUUGCUACAUUUCUUCUGAAAAGACUACACUUGCUGCUUUGAAGGAUGAAGUUGUAUCUGUUGAAAAUGAACUCUCAGAAUUGCAAGAAGUAGAAAAAAAACAGAAAACUCUUAUUGAAAUGUAUAAAACUCAGGUACAAAAGUUGCAAGAAGCAGCUGAAAUAGUAAAAAGCAGAUGUGAAAAUUUGCUACAUAAAAAUAACCAAAUAACAAAAACCAAAAAUAAAAAUGUAGAGAAGAUGAGAGGCCAGAUGGAGUCUCAUCUGAAGGAGUUAGAGCGUGUCUGCGAUUCCUUGACGGCGGCGGAACGGAGGCUUCACGAGUGUCAGGAGAGUCUGCAGUGCUGCAAGGGGAAGUGUGCAGACCAGGAACACACCAUUAGGGAGCUUCAGGGCCAGGUUGAUGGAAAUCACAAUCUUCUGACAAAGCUUUCUCUGGAAGAGGAAAACUAUCUUAUUCAGUUGAAGUGUGAAAACCUUCAACAAAAAUUAGAACAGAUGGACGCAGAAAAUAAAGAGCUUGAGAAGAAGCUGGCAAACCAAGAAGAAUGUCUUAAGCACAGCAAUCUUAAGUUUAAAGAGAAAUCUGCAGAGUAUACAGCAUUGGCCAGACAACUGGAAGCCGCUUUAGAAGAAGGAAGACAAAAGGUUGCUGAAGAAAUAGAGAAAAUGUCAUCUAGAGAGAGUGCUUUACAAAUUAAAAUAUUAGAUCUGGAAACAGAGCUUAGAAAGAAAAAUGAAGAACAAAAUCAACUUGUUUGCAAAAUGAACAGUGAUCCAGAGACUCCAUGAAAUCUAUUUUUUUAAUUCCCAAGUGUCUAAAAAGUUGAAAACCUAAAAGAUUCAAGAGUUAAAUGAUUUUUGGCAUGCACAAUUCGAUUUUAUUGCCAUCAAAAGUUUCAUGACAACUUAGUCAGAACAAAACGUCAAUCACCUUUAAUUUAGCACAGGCCUUCCAUUUAUUUCUAAACUUUUUUUUAACUCACCAUUUGACUUUCUGAUACUGUAAAAUAUGUGUGCUGUUUUUUUGUGUAAUUGAAGCCUCUGAAAAAAUAAAUGAGGUGGGUUUUGCUGUAAUGUCCCUAGUACUUGGCUAAAGCUAGUAAAAUAAAUAGAUCCCAUUCACAAUUGCCACAAAGAGAAUAAAAUACCUAGGAAUCCAAAUUACAAGGAAUGUGAAGGACCUCUUCAAGGAGAACUACAAACCACUGCUUAAGGAAAUAAGAGAGGACACAAACAAAUGGAAAAACAUUCCAUGCUUAUGAAUAAGAUGAAACAAGAUCAUGAAAAUGGCUAUACUCCCCAAAGUAAUUUAUAGAUUCAGUGCUAUCCCCAUCAAGCUACCAUUGACUUUCUUCACAGAAUUAGAAAAAACUAUUUCAAAUUUCAUAUGGAACCAAAAAAGAGCUCACAUAACCAAGACAAUCCUAAGCAAAAAGAACAAAGCUGUAGGCAUCACGCUACCUGACUUCAAACUAUACUACAAGGCUACAGUAACCAAAAUAGCAUGGUACUGGUGCCAAAACAGAUAUAUAGACCAAUGGAACAGAACAGAGGCCUUAGAAGUAACUCCACACAUCUACAACCAUCUGAUGUUUGACAUACCUGAGAAAAACAAGCAAUGGGGAAAGGAUUCCCUAUUUAAUAAAUGGUGUUGGGAAAACUGGCUAGCCAUGUGCAGAAAACUGAAACUGGAUCCCUUCCUUACACCUUAUACAAAAAUUAACUCAAGGUGGAUUAAAGACUUAAGUGUAAGACCUAAAACCAUAAAAACCCUAGAGGAAAACCUAGGCAAUACCAUUCAGGACAUAGGCAUGGACGAAUACUUCAUGACUAAAACACCAAAAGUAAUGGCAAUAAAAGCCAAGAUUGACAAAUGGGAUCUAAUUAAACUAAAGAGCUUCUGCACAGCAAAGGAAACUAUCAUCAGAGUGAACAGGAACCGACAGAAUGGGAGAAAAUUUUUGCAAUCUAUCCAUCUGACAAAGGGCCAAUAUCCAGAAUCUACAAAGAACUUAAACAAAUUUACAAGAAAAAAAAAAACCCCCAUCAAAAAGUGUGCAAAGAAUAUGAACAGACACUUCUCAAGAGAAGACAUUUAGGCAGCCAAAAAACAUAUGAAAAAAAGCUCAUCAUCACUGGUCAUUUAGAGAAAUGCAAAUCAAAACUACAGUGAGAUACCAUGUCACACCAAUUAGAAUGGUGAUCAUUAAAAAGUCAGGAAACAACAGAUGCUGGAGAGGAUGUGGAGAAAUAGGAUGCUUUUACACUGUUGGUGGGAGUGUAAAUUAGUUCAACCACUGCGGAAGACAGUGUGGCGAUUCCUCAAGGAUCUAGAACCAGAAAUACCAUUUGACCCAGCAAUCCCAUUACUGGGUAUAUACCCAAAGGAUUAUAAAUCAUGCUGCUAUAAAGACGCAUGCACACGUAUAUUUAUUGUGGCACUAUUCACAAUAGCAAAGACUUGGAGCCAACCCAAAUGCCCAUCAAUGAUAGACUGAAUAAAGAAAA